AUGUUCGUCAAUAGCCGUGAAUCUGGGCCUAAUACCUCGCCACUGCCUCAUCCAGAAGGUGAACACAGCACUCGACUGCUGUUUCGUGCUCAGACCGACCACUCGCCUCGACGCCAUGCUGCGCUUUUCACCCGGAAACGCGAUAUGACUGAGUUGUAUGGCACUCAGCAGGAGCAGUCGUCGAUAGUCGCAUCCGCUCUAGAGAAAACUACGGCCUCGGGAGAUUACACAGGCGUUUAUGUUGCAGCUUUGGCAACGAAGCGGAAGGUCAAGAGACUCAGUACUCAAAGACGACGCCAGCAAUCUCGUGACAACCAAGCACGCUAUCGGAUCAAACAAUGCGAACAUGUUAGCGAGCUCUUGGAUCGUGUCGACUGGCUGCGAGAAGAAGUGCAGAAGUUGUCUGUGAAGCGCUACACACUGUGUUAUGGCGUCCAAACCAAGAACACCGUUUGGCAUGUCGCGGUGGAAUACUUUCGGCUCUUUCGCCACGGGUACCUCGCGCCGCCGGAUGAACUCAAUCUGGCCCUGACCGAAGCGUCCAGUGAAUCCAAUCUCCGAACCCAAGAGUGGUUUCUUCGGUCUGCGAUGUCUUCAGACGUUGCGAUCGGAGAAUCGACCGGCGUGGAUACUCUCAUUGAACAGUGCCGGCGCUAUUUAAGCUACUUAGGAAGUCCUAUUAUGCUGCUGCAAGGGAUAGAAGAGCAGCCACUCGGGGCCUUGGUUGCAACUGCAUCCUUGAGUUUUACCAUCACAGAAAACUCUGGUGCUGUCGACACGCCUUCUCGGUCAACGACUUCACUAUCGGACUACACUUCGUUUGUGUGGGAUGAUUCGACUGGAUGUGUGACCCAACUGGACGGUAAGGUGGACGUGUUGAAGCCCUUACUCCGUUUGCUUGGUAACCUGGAGGAUGUGAAUCGUGUGCUGGAGAAAUCCCUCAUCACGUCUGCGUAUUUGAUCGAUGAUUUACCGACGGAUGCUGAAUAA